UUAGCCAGGCUGGUCUCAAACUCCUGACCUCAGGUGAUCCAUAUGCCUUGGCCUCCCAACGUGCUGGGAUUACAGGCGUGAGUCACCGCGCGAGGCCAAGAAAUGACUAUGCUUUUCACAAGAUGGCACCGAAAGUGAAGGAAGCUCCUGCCCCUCCUAAUGCUGAAGCCAAACCCAAGGCUUUUAAGGCCAAGAAGGCAGUGUUGAAAGGUGCCCACAGCCACCAGAAAAAGAAGAUCCGCACGUCACCCACCUUCCAGCAGCCCAAGACACUAAGACUCCGGAGGCAGCCCAGAUAUCCUCGGAAGAGUGCCCCCUGGAGAAACAAGCUUGACUAUUACACUAUCAAGUUUCUGCUGACCACUGAGUCGGCCAUGAAGAAGAUAGAAGACAACAACACACUUGUGUUCAUUGUGGAUAUUAAAGCAAACAAGCAUCAGAUCAAACAGGCUGUGAAGAAGCUCUAUGACAUUGAUGUGGUCAAGGUCAACACCCUAAUUCGGCCUGAUGGAGAGAAGAAGACAUAUGUUCGACUGGCUCCUGAUUACAAUGCUUUGACUGUUGCCAACAAAAUUGGGAUCAUCUAA